ACCGUAUACCACUUUUACAAGACUUAACACAAAAAAAUAUAGGUUUCUCAAAUAUUAGUACAACUAUAAUAUCAAAACAACUCAAGUUUAAGUAUUUUUUAUUUGUACAUCGCCGGUGACGCAAAACCAAGAUUAUUAUUUUCUACCGUGAAACACUACAAUUCUUUAUUGCUUUAAUAAUAUAACAGUUGUCUUGUGAGAUAGUCUAUUAUAUGUGUGUUCAAAAAUGAAAAUGUUCUACGUGUCACUGUGUUCCAUUUUUUUUGCAAUCGUCCAUGUUCAGAGUUGGAAGUAUGGUGAAAUAAGAUCGGCCAAUGAUAUUAAUCGUGAAUUUAUUCGAAAAAUUGUCAACGUGGAAGAAGUGGAAAAUUGGGCUCCCAUAAUUAAACAAACUAUUAUUUAUAACGACAUUUAUAAACCAGCUCUGUCUUUGAUCUCGAAGGAAGACCAAUUGACCAAAACUAUAAAUGUACUCGAUUUACUUCAGACCUAUGUAAAAGGUGAGGAAACGAAAGAAACAGUAGAUAUAAAUGUGAUUCGUGACCUAAUUACGGUCUGCUAUGAAUGUACGUGUUUAAAGAGUUUAAGUCUGUUUGCGUUAUUAGCUAGUAAAGAUUUAAAAAAAUACCAUGAAACAAUAAACAAUGAUGAAGAUAAAGCAAUUGGCGUUAACCAAGAUGAAAACAUUGACGGUACACGUUGUCCAGAAGUACUGCCUCACAGUUUACCAUAUAACAUUUUGCAAAUGGAAAAACCAUUCAUCGCAAUGAUACGCAAACUGGCUGCACUUAACAUUAAGUAUGAUCUUCCACUAGAAGUUUUCAGAGUGAUCUAUGGUCAACGCGCUGACGGCGUUACAGACGAUAACUACCUAAACGGUAUCUUAUUUGUUCUAAAAGAAACGAUUAAAAUUGCAGAUGGCUUAUUAACAAAAAAAUGCGUUGAUCACCAAGGCAGUUUAGUGAAGAAAUACGAUGUGUUUCUUGACGAUAGAGAAGGGAACGAAUUUAAGCAAUUUAUAACUGCGUUAGACCAAGAUUCGAAUAUGGAAUAUGUUCCACGUUUUUUUGAACAUUUUGUCGUAGUUGCGAUAAAAGCUAUUAAAGAAACAAAUAGUAUUGCACUAUCUGAUAAACUUGAAGUGCCCACGGAUCUCGCACUACUUGAAAAAAGUUCCAGUAUGAAAAUUACAUUUGAUCAAGAUGAUCUAGAGUUGGUUUUGGAUAAUUCUUUUGGUGAAUCAUCGCUAGAACAAGAAUACUUAGAAAGCAGAAUGCUUGAAGAUGGUUUGAACGAUGAGUUUGGCAUUCCAAGCACUGACGAAGACAAUUCUGUUGACGGUGAUGAUGAUGACUUAGACGCCUAUGUGCUUCGGAAUAUGUUAGACUCAUCAAACUACGAAGAAUGGGCUUCUGACUAUAAUGAAAACGACAAUAAUGUAUUUGGAAAUGAAGGAUGGACAAAAUAUGUUGAUCAUGAUGAAACCGUGAAUACAUUUGUUAAUGAAAAUGAUCAAGUAGAGAAUUUUCCUGGGAACAAAACCGUUGAUACAUUUAACGACGUCGUGGUUUUGAAAAGCGAAUUCAAUGAUGAUGGUCAGAAUAAAAUCGAGAAAAAUACAUUUUUAAAUACAUAUUCUCAACUUGAGGAUUUUCUAGGGAACAUUAAAUUCAGUGAAAAUUCUCAACUUGAAGAUUUUUCUGGGAAUAACUCUGUUUACAGACCAUUAAACAACGUCGAGAUGUUGAAAAGUGACGACAAAGAUGAUGAAACCGGUAUUACAUUUUUAAAUCAAAAUUCUCAACUUAAUGAUUUUCUAAGAAACGAAAUCAACGAUAGAUCUAAUGACGUUGAGGUUUUGAAAAAUGGCGACAGCAGUCAUACUGCUCACAAUGUAACAUAAUAAUUAAGCUGAAAAAAAUAAAAAAUCGGAAGAAAAUAAAUAAGACAAAAAAUAUUAUUUUUACUAUCAAUACAUUAUACAUUAUUUUUAUUAUUAAUACAUAUAUCACGAUUUACUAUUUAUUUAUGAACACCCCAAACAGUUAAUUCAAUCAGCUUACAUUUAAGAUGACAAAUCAUCAAAACAUUCUAUGUAUUAUUACAGCGAUAACUUAAAAGUAAAUUAAUAAAUUAUUUACAUGAAUUCUUAAUUGUUGUUUAAAGAAUAAAGAAAAAAUUCACCGUCUAUAAUUGUUUUAAUAGAUGCGAGGAGAUGAUAUACAAAGGACUAUUUUCAGUAUAAUUAUUUUUAUUUUGUGUGACUAUAAAGCUGUGAUUGAUCUCGUAAUUAUGUUUGGUAUUUUUUAUUUUACUAACUUAAGAAGUAAUUCGGUACAGUCUAAAUUACUAUCAACUGAUUUCUGGAUAAAUGUCACAUUGUUAUAAAACCGACUUGAUUUAAGGGAUUAAAUACUUAAUUGUCUUUCAACAUCUUCAGUCUACUGGUUUUUCAUAUUUAAUUUAUAUUCUAAAGAACGUAAAAUCUCUUUGCAUUAUAUACAUAGUUGGUUCACCAAUCUUAUUUGAUUAGCGUUCCAAAUAAUGAAUCCAAAGUCCAGUACUGGAUGAACCCAGGCACAAUAUAUCAAUUUUAAACAGAUUAUUAUUUUAAACACUGAUUUGAAGU